GCUCUCUCGCUCGAUCGCUUUGCUUGCUCCCUCGUUGAUUCCGUCAGCUCGCCUUGCUCCGUCGGAUGGACGAGCCCAGAGGAACCGUCCUCUUCACCACCGUCGGCCGCCCCUACUACGGCUUCGACGUGUUCUCCCUCGACCUGAACUCCCGCCGCGAGCGCCGCCUCACCGACGGCCUCUCCAUCAACUUCAACGCCCAGUUCGCAUCCGCCACCGCCGCCGGCGAGGGCGACGGAGGCGACGACCCGGAAGCCGUCGUCUUCGUCUCCGAGCGGACCGGCUGCCCCCGGGUCUACCUCGCCCGGUCCGGCUCCUCCCGGCCCGACCCGCUGCCUUCCGCGCCGGGCAGCCUCUUCCACGACCGGCCCGUCCUCAGGAACGGCCGGCUCUACUUCGUCUCGGCUCACGAGGACCCGGGCCGGCCGUUCGCGAGCUGGUCCGCUCUCUACUCGGCCGACCUGGAGGGUAGCGCAGUUGCCAGGUUGACCCCGUACGGCUCCGUCGACUACAGCCCGGCGGUCUCGCCGUCGGGGAAGUUCGUCGCCGUCGCGUCCUACGGGUCGCGCCCUUGGGGCGGCGAGUUCCACGCCCUGAACACGGACAUCGUCGUGUUCCGGGAAUCCGACCCGAAGGAGCGGGUCGUCGUGGCGGAGUCCGGCGGCUGGCCCACCUGGUCCGGCGACUCCGUCGUCUACUUCCACCGGAAGGCGGACGACGGGUGGUGGAGCAUCUUCCGGGUCGACGAAUUCGAGUUCCCCUCGGGCACGGGCUCCUCCGGGUUCCCGCUGGCUCCGACCCGGGUCACUCCUCCGGGUGUCCACUGCUUCACUCCGGCCGCCAUGCCCGGCACCGACAGAAUCGCCGUCGCGACCCGACGGCGGGGCAAGACCUACCGGCAAAUCGAGAUUUUCGACGCCGGGUCGGAGUCCUUCGUCCCCGUCACCGAACCGUUGAACCCGAACUUCCACCACUACAACCCUUUCGUGUCUCCCGGGUCACGGCACAUCGGGUACCACCGGUUCCGGGGCGGGUCGACCGGGGGCGGCGGGUCGAGGGUCCCGAAUCUCGAACCGGUCGCGUCGCCCGUCGAGGGGCUCCGGAUGCUGAGGCUGAACGGAUCGUUCCCUUCUUCUUCCCCCGACGGCGAGUUCGUAGCCAUCAACCACGACUUCGAGGCCGCCGUCAACGGCGGAGUGAAGAUCGUCCGGUCGGACGGCUCGAGGCGGUGGACGCUGAUCAAGGGUCGGACCGCUUUCUACAACUCGUGGAGCCCCGCCGAGAAGAACGUCAUUUACACCUCCAUCGGGCCGAUCUUCGAAUCGCCCAAAACGACGGUCCAGAUCGCUCGGAUCGAGUUCGAUUUAUCCGGUCCGGAGGGCGUCGCCACGACCGACGUGAAGGUGCUCACGAGGGAGGGCACUGGGAACAACGCCUUCCCCUCGUGCUCUCCCGAUGGCAAGUGGCUCGUGUUCCGGUCCGGUCGGACCGGCCACAAGAACUUGUACAUCGUGGAUGCUGCCAACGGCGAGUUCGACGGCGGGAUCCGCCAACUGACGGACGGGCCGUGGAUCGACACGAUGCCGUCGUGGUCGCCCAACGGGGACCUCAUAGCCUUCUCUUCGAACCGGCACAACCCGGACAAUGUGGACGCUUUUAGCAUCUAUCUCAUCAGACCGGACGGGUCGGGUCUGAGGAGGGUGCACGUGGCGGGGCCGGAGGGGUCUCCCGAGGUCGACCGGGAGAGGAUCAAUCACGUGUGCUUCAGCAGGGACGGGGAGUGGCUGCUGUUCACGGCGAACUUGGGCGGCGUGACGGCGGAGCCCGUGUCGUGGCCCAACCAGUUCCAGCCGUACGGGGAGCUAUACGUGGCGAGACCGGAUGGGAGCGGGCUCCGGAGGCUGACGUGGAACGGGUUCGAGAACGGGACGCCCGCGUGGCACUCGACGGACGACGCGGGCCCCGGCGACCCGAGAUCGGGGACGACCGGCGAGGGUUGGGACGGGGAUGAGUUGAGCGGGCAGUUUGAGGAGCCCCUAUGGAUAUCUUGCGAUGUUUGAAGACAAA